GUUUGCACUAAAGCCCUUCAGCCUGUUUACGUGUCAAGAACAGAUCCAAAUUCAAGAAAAAAGACAAUUUCUGAAAUAAAAAGACGGGCAACUUCUGGUGGAAAGUGGCCACACAUAGUUAUAUUUCCUGAAGGUUAGUAGAUUUAUCUCUGGUGGGAACAAGCAGGUUCUUUCUCUUUCUUCCUGGUCCUGACCUCAGCUGAUUUUCCCAACUCUUUCCAUGAAAGGUCAUGCGUCGUUGGGCUUUGCAUUUAUACCAAAAAAGGGGGUAAAUAACUAAAAAAAAAACAAGAUACAAAUUAAAGAGAAUGUUUUGUUGGAGUUUUUUACUUAUGCAGUUAUGGAGCGGGUUAACUGAAACCUGCUACGGUGUCCCUGUGCAAUUAGCUUUCCAUAAUACUAUGCUAUGAUUCUUUUGCUCAAGAGAUUUGCCCUUUUCUUCUAGGAGGUGGGGCCCCAUUUUUCGAAUUUGCAGAAGGCUCAGCAAUAAGUUAUAAUGAUAAUAAUUUAAUUUAAUUUAGUUUACCUGGUGCUUUAAUUUAUUUCCUCUUGCAGGAUGGCCCAUUAAAGACUGUCUGUCUUUGUGCUUUUUUUAAUUAACAGAUCAUUUUGGCUUUAACUGCUGAAUUUCUCAGUUUGUAACUUACAUUAAAUUUUGCUCUUCUCAGGAACAUGUACAAAUCGAAAAUGUCUGAUCACAUUUAAGCCUGGUUAGUACAAAUAACUUGAAUAUUUGUUGAAACUUAAACUGCUCUGGAGAAUUAUUCUUUUCACUGUGACUAAUGGCCUCUUAUGUAGACAUCCGUAGGGCUUUGUUACACAUUUCUCCUUUACAAGCGCAUAAAUAAAGCCCUCAUAAAAAAAAUCUGCUUUUGAAGACUGUAAAUCUGAUCUUUUACUUGUUAUAUGUGAUUUUGUCCUAAAUCUGUUCAUUGCGUAUCAACCAAUCAGAAAGUUCCUUUUUUUCACCUGUCAACCCAUUGGAAUGCUUUUUCCCUUUAUUUUAUCAUCAAGCCAUGCCCAAAAAUUUUUAGUAUAUUAAAUAGGUAUUAUUUCAUGACCAUUAUUACAUAUGACAUUUCAUUUUUUUCUCUUGGGUCUAUUUUCUCAGGUUAUGUUUUUGUUGUGUCAAUAGGUGCUUUUUACAGUGGCUGUCCUGUUCAACCAGUUGCCCUAAAAUAUCCUAACAGGCUGGUAAGUGAAAAAGUAGUGUAAAGAACUGUAAGGGAGGGUUUAGAUGACACCGGGCAAUUUAACACCGACGCAAGUUCACUUCAGUUACCUCUCAUGGCUCAGUGUAUUUGUUUAUAUGAUACCACCACAAAAUGUCAUGCCCAUGUGAGUCACACAGACGUGAGUUCAUCCCAGUUGUUGUACUGGAGUGAGAAUUUCACUCCUGUAGGAAAUUUUACAACAUUAUCAUGUAAACGUGAAACAACCACUUGUUUUGGUAUGAAAUCGGUCUGCCGAUAGACUGGAAUGGGUUAAAAAAGCACGUGCGUAAUGCGUAAACAGAUUUUGCCACUCCCUAAUAUAAAUUGGCCCUCUGUUAUAUUUUGAUCCCACUGUAUUAAGAAACAGUGAUGACAAUUUCGUCCCAAUUUUGGCAUCUUACUUGCCAGGAAACUGAUGCUCUACAGGUGAAGGAAAUUAUUGAAGAUAAGAAAGUAAAGGAGCUUGCCAUUAGUUAGAACUGGAUUGCCAGAUCAGUCCAGUGGUAAAGAGAAUUCCACUGUUAGUCAGGGCUGUUCGGCCACUGGUUAGUCAAUACCUAAAAUUUGUGCCCAGAAGUUGCAGAUUUUAAUUAAAAUCUAUCAAAAAAAGCCCAUUUCAUUGUUAAAAUGAACAGUCCAACUGACCAAUUAAUUGCCCUAGCUUACACUCAUUUUUCUUAAAUUUUUUGUGGAUGUAGGACACUGUGACAUGGACAUGGUCUGGGCCAAGUGCGUAAGUCAUUAUCUCUGUUUUCAUCCUAGUUUUCAAUGAUCAGAAUUCAACACUUGGGACUUCAGCUUGGGACAGUGAGUCUAAUCAUUUAACAGACAACAUGUUGUAUUGAGCAACAAUUUACAAGUUCCCCUGGGCCUCUGUAUCAAAAUGAGGUUAAGUGCUCAGCCUUUGAUAAGGAAAUGAUUUUUUAUCCGCACGAUUAAAACUCAUUUUCACAGGAAAGGUUGUGCACUUGGCCUCAUUUUGAAAGUGAGGGUUUUUUUAAACUUGAAAGUAGCCUAUUUUGAGUAUAUUUAAUAUGUAAAGGAAAAUUGUUAUUCUUUUGUUUUAGAAUCACCCUUCUGUGGUUGACCUUAUGCCAGUUUCACAACUACAUGGAAAUAGAGGUAUGAUUUUUGCUUGUUAUAUCUUUUGAAAUGAGAAUUCCAUGACUGGUUGCAAGAGUGUUGGUUAGGUUAAUGUUCCAGAUGAUGUUUCUUAGCUCAGUUCAUAUUCUCUCUUUUGUUAUUGACAGAUUCUGCCAGUAUACAAGCCUGAUACUGAGGUACAUCACUGGGAUAUAUUUUAUUCAUCUAGAUAGGCUGCUUAGCAUUCCAGUAACCCUUUAGACCAAGUUAUGAAGGGGCGAUUUGUUACUCAAACUUAAAAAUCUGUGGAGGAAAUCCUGUAAGUACAGUAACCUCUUUAGCAGACAUUUUACAUGGUGCUAUUUAUUUCUAAGGAUUUUACAGAAAGAAAUUUGGAACUUUUGUUAAAACUUGUUGUUUGAAAGAAUUAAUAUUUAUAAAUCUUCUGUCAGAUCUUAUUUAACUAUUGACUUUUAUUAUAGGAAAUGCAUGAUGGCAAGCUAUUUGCAAGAAAUGUGCGAGAACAAGUUGCAAGGUGUAACAUAAUUGUAUUGUGUUAAGUGCUUAGUUCCACCUCAAGCACCUCUAGUCUGCACUGUAAAGCACGUUGAAAGAUGACAUGACUAUGGUCAAAAAACUUUUCUAGGACUAGAGAAGAAAAGAAUCUUUCGCAGCAUUCUCUUCUAGUAGCAACUUUGCCCAACAGCACUGAGAUACACGCCCUCCUCUUCCUUCCCUCCCCUAACAGCAAGUGUAGUUGUCAAAUUGAAUCGCAACAAAUUUUUGGCCAAUUUUGCUCCUUUUUUUAUUCUCGAUGGUGACCAGAAAAAAAACGGCCCAAACAGCGUUUUAAAAAGGAGUCAGUUAAAAGCCAAUAUAAGUAUAAAGUUGGCCUGGCAGUUUUAAAAAAAGUCGUUGUUUCCUUCGUUAUAGAGUUUUACGGGUUCCUGUUACAGAACACACAUAUGAAGACACACGUCUGAUGGUUCAGGCAUCCAAACAAAACUUACCUUCCACAGCUGGCCUGGUGGAGUACCAGAAGAUAAGCUCCAAACUCAGGUAGGCAACACACAACGAUAGCGGUAGCAAUCGACGGCAUAAAAAUUCAAAACAUAUUUCUGAAACGAAAACACGGUGUUUAUUGUCAGACUCCCUAUCCCCCCCUCCCAGUCCAUUUCGAAGAAAUUUACCUCAAUAGGUUGUCUCCCGGGAGCGAGAUUUAUCGCGAACCAGUCACGAAGCUUGCAAUGCCGCAAAAUCAUACUCGUGGCCUGUCAUAAAUGUACAUUGCUUCUAUUUUAUUUACGCGCAUUAAAUGUACGUACGUACGCUCGUAAAAAUUAUGGGACAGUGGAAAUCUACCCUAAUAGACAAAUUUACACGUAGAAAAAAUAUUUCUUGAAGUUGUUCUGAGCAUCAGGUUUUUCUUAUUGUAUCCCGGCCAGUAUCAAACUUGAGAGUAUGAAAGAUCUUCUGGAUAGGUUUGCCGAGAUAGAUAGCAACAGGGAUGGGCUGGUGGAUUUGGAGGAGUUUGCUGAGUACCUUAACUUACCCGUCACGCGCCAGGUUAAACAUCUCUUCUCCCUCUAUGACAGAGUGAGUAUCACACUUAGAAGUUUACAUUGUAAACCAUAACGGCAGCUUUAAUCCUGAAGCAAGCGAGGAAAUGCCGUUUCUGCGUGUUCAGUUUUACAAAGGUGGUCGGUGCAUUGCUUGUUAUUUUGUUAAUCAUGGCAGUGUGCGCAUUUCCUCCUUAUAAGAACUUAAAGUUCUGCAAGCGAGGAAAUGCGCGCAUUUGAUAACGCCUAGCCAUGCUCUGCGAGUGAAAUCUCCUUUCUUUUAUAUAACGGAAGGUUUUUAUCGUAAGCUUGCCUCUUAAAUCAAAUCUUCUGAAAUUUGACGAAAUUGUGCGCACUUGUCGUCUUAUAACGCGCAGAUAUGUUGGGGUGAGUUCGUGCAAACAUUUAAAUGCCAUUACAGCGUCUCUGACUUCAAGUUUCCGAACAACUGGCAACCAAUGGAGUUGCUUUAAUAUGGGGGUGAUAUAGUCAAAUUUUCUUGCCCCGGUGGCAACCCUAGCCUCUCAAAUAAAAUCUUCUGAAAUUUGACCAAACAGGAAGCGAAGAAAAAGACUUUGUGAGACGCAAAUGAGAACAAGAAAAGUGAAACAGCCAUUUUCACUGAGCUGUUUUGCGUCUUUGCUCACAAAUCUCUCGCUAAUUGGAAUUGGCUAUUUCCGAGUUACAAAACCUUUCUUGUGAAAAUGAGUACUUGAGAAUAAAAAAUAUUUUUCAUAUCAAUAGCUUCGCAAAACAGAGGCUUGGGGCGACUCUGGGAUGCAUCUUAUUCAGCAGUUAUGCCAUCCACUCUUUAAUGACACUGGUACAUGCGCUCAGUAGUCUUAUGUUUUGCUUUUUCCGCAGGAUGAAUCUGGUUAUUUAGACUUUCGUGAAUAUCUUAUUGGCUUAGCACUAGUGUCCCAACCCGCUAACACUGAAGAUGUGAUGAAAGUGGCCUUUCAGGUUGGUAUCUUUCAAUUAUUGCAAACUUAACUGUUUUCGCGUUCGUUGAAGUAACCACCGUGUUGCACUAAUUUUUUUCGCUGAUCGCCAAGUUCUUUUUGCAUUUUGCUGGAAGAUUUCUGUGAUUAUGGAAGACUUGUUUGUCUCGUGAUGACAAUUAAUUUUCGCGAUUAUCAGGAAGUCGUGUUCAAGUUGGAAUUACAACACUUUCGUUUCUUGAUUAAAUUACAUGCGCUCAAAAUAUAAGUGAAACAACAUGCAGCGAUUAUUAUAUCUUAUAUAGAUUAUUAUUAUUGUAUUGUGGGCGACAACAGGAGCCCGCAAUCGUAGUCUUCAGUUUGUUAUUACGCAUACGUCGCAUGCAUGUAGCCAGCAUCCGUUUGGACUUCCACUAAGAAUGAAUGGAAUGCACAGAACACAAUUUGAUCACGGGUGUUUGGACCUUCUUUCACACGUAAUCUGAUCACGUGUGUUUGACUGUCACAUGAAACUUACGCAAAGCACAGCGAUGGAGCAAAAGCGUAAAAAACCCGCCUGCACUCCGUAACCUUUGGUUACUGCUAGUUAGUAAGUAGAUAACAGAGAAUGUCACUGUAUACAGCGAUAGUAUACAGAUUAUUCACCUCUGUUCUCACUUCACUUUCACUUCAAGGCCUUUGACAUGAAUGGUGAUGGAGGAGUGGACGAGACAGAACUUCGCCACAUUCUUCAGAGUGCUUAUCCUUCCAUCACAGACUUGAACGUGAACUGUUUGUUUAAUCAAGUGGACGUAAACCACAGAGGAUCAGUCACAUUUGGUAGGUGCACGUCGACAUUUUGAUGUCAUUAGUGCGCUAAAUUAAUCAGUCGUUGUCACAUAAUUGAAUACUCUCCAAGCCGGAGACUUUGCGAAUAAUGAAACUUGUGGUUACCUUGUUCUGCGGCAACGCCCGGACGAUCAUACUCAACCUACUUAUGAAACGUUUCCUGGGUUCAGACCUUUCACAUUUUUAAUAUUACUAGGGUCUGAAAGGGUAUUCGCGGGAUCCAUGAUUUGACCAAAAUACAGUGCAGGAUUCGGGAAACGUUAACGGGUUACGGGAUUUGAUUGAUACCCGGGAUACGGGACCCGCCAAUAUAUGGGCAUCCGUUCAAGCGUCAUUAGGAAAAAAACUAUAUUCGGGAUAGCGAUAACAGAAGUUCGGGAUGCGGGUUUUUCGUGAAAAAGGAGCGGGAAUACAAGCGGGAUCAGGAUCUCUUUUUCCAGACCCUAUAUUACGGGCUGAUUGCAUAAGCCGGGCUGACCCGUUUUGCCAGGAUCGCGUCAACUCUGAGAUUACGUGAUAACCCAGCCAACCCGGUUACCUGGAAUCGAGAUGGCGUAAUACCGGGUAUUACGGUAGGCCAGUUCUGAGUUGCCUCAAGCCUCUGUUUCAAAGCGAGGCUAAGUGCGACCUCAUUUUUACAAGAAAGGAUUUGCACUUAGCCUUGUUAUGAAAGUGAGAGUUUUUGGAACUCGGAAGUGGCCUAUUCAAUAAAUCUGUCGAUCAGUCGACUUCAAUUGGUUAAUUGACAGAAGAUUGAUCGCUUCUUGUUUCUUUAGAGGAGUUUCGUGACUUCGCUCUGUCUCAUCCAGAAUAUGCUGUUCUGUUCACCGAUUUCAAGGAAAACCAAACGGAACGGGCAAGUGUGAAUCCGAGCGGCCAAAACCAGGAACACAUCCAGUUAGAAGCUGAGGCGUGA